UCACUAGGCAGGGUGGGAGCACUCCUGACAGCUUCAGGGUCUGCAGACCGUCCUCUCGUUCGGUCCAGCGUGUUCUCUGCAAGCUCAGAGCGUCUCGCUUCCCCAGUGCUGACCCAGGAUGAGUACAGAACAGGCGGGGACUCUGCCUUUGUGGGUGCUGUUAGCGCUCAGUCAAGGUAUUAUAAAUUGUUGUUUGGCAUACAAUGUUGGCCUCCCGGAAGCAAAAAUAUUUUCCGGUCCUUCAAGUGAACAGUUUGGCUAUUCAGUGCAGCAAUUUAUAAAUCCAAAAGGCAACUGGUUACUGGUCGGUUCACCUUGGAGUGGCUUUCCAGAGAACCGAAUGGGAGAUGUAUAUAAAUGCCCUGUUGACCUGUCCACUGCUACAUGUGAAAAACUGAAUUUGCAAACUUUAACCAGCAUCCAAAAUGUGACUGAGGUGAAAACUAACAUGAGUCUCGGCUUGACUCUCACAAGGAAUAUGGGAACUGGAGGGUUUCUGACAUGUGGUCCUCUGUGGGCACAGCAGUGUGGCAGUCAGUAUUACACAACUGGUGUUUGCUCUGAUGUCAGUCCUGACUUUCAGCACUUGUCCAGCUUUGCACCUGCAAUUCAGACCUGCCCUUCCCUCAUUGAUGUUGUGGUUGUGUGUGAUGAAUCAAAUAGUAUUUAUCCUUGGGAUGCAGUAAAGAACUUUCUGGAAAAAUUUGUGCAAGGUCUGGAUAUAGGCCCCAGAAAGACACAGGUUGCCUUGAUUCAGUAUGCCAAUAACCCAAGAGUCGUAUAUAACCUGAAUACUUUUAAAACCAAAGAUGAACUGAUUCGAGCAACAUCCCAGACAUUCCAAUUUGGUGGAGACCUCACAAACACAUUCAAAGCAAUUCAAUUUGCAAGAACUGCCGCUUAUUCAGCAGCUUCUGGUGGUCGGCCAGGUGCUACCAAAGUAAUGGUGGUUGUAACCGAUGGAGAAUCGCACGAUGGUUCAAUGUUGAAAUCUGUGAUUGAGCAGUGCAACAACGACAAUAUACUGAGGUUUGGCAUAGCAGUUCUUGGGUACUUAAACAGAAAUGCCCUUGACACUAAAAAUUUAAUAAAAGAAAUCAAAGCAAUUGCUAGUAUUCCCACAGAAAGAUUCUUUUUCAACGUAUCUGAUGAAGCAGCUCUACUAGAAAAAGCUGGGACAUUGGGAGAACACAUUUUCAGCAUCGAAGGUACUGUUCAAGGAGGAGAGAACAUCCAGUUGGAAAUGUCCCAAGUUGGAUUCAGUGCCGAUUACUCUCCCCAAAAUGAUAUUCUGAUGUUGGGUGCAGUGGGAGCUUUUGACUGGAGUGGGACUGUUGUUCAAGAGACUUCUCAUAGACACUUAAUCUUUCCUAAAGAAGCCUUUGACCAAAUUCUGCAAGAUAGAAAUCACAGUUCAUAUUUAGGUUACUCUGUGGCUGCAAUUUCUACUGAAAAAAGUGUCCACUUUGUUGCUGGUGCUCCUCGGGCAAAUUAUACUGGCCAGAUAAUUCUAUACAGUCUUGAUGAGCAUAGCAAUGUCACGAUUAUUCAGACUCACAGAGGGGAUCAGAUUGGCUCCUAUUUUGGUAGUGUGUUGUGUUCAGUUGAUGUGGAUAAAGACACGGUUACAGAUGUGCUCUUGGUAGGUGCACCAACGUACAUGAAUAACCUGAAGAAAGAGGAGGGAAGAGUCUACUUGUUUACUAUUGCAAAGGGCAUUUUAAAUCAGCACCAAUUUCUUGAAGGCCCUAAGGGCAUUGAAAAUGCCCGCUUUGGCUCAGCAAUUGCAGCUCUUUCAGAUAUCAAUAUGGAUGGCUACAAUGAUGUGAUCGUGGGCUCACCUUUAGAAAAUCAGAAUUCUGGAGCUGUGUACAUUUACAAUGGUGAUCAGGGCACCAUUCGCACAAAGUAUUCCCAGAAAAUCUUGGGCUCUGAUCGAGCCUUUAGGAAUCAACUCCAGUUCUUUGGGAGAUCCUUGGAUGGCUACGGAGAUUUAAAUGGGGAUUCCAUCACUGAUGUGUCCGUUGGUGCUUAUGGACAAGUGGUUCAACUCUGGUCACAAAGUAUUGCUGAGGUGGCUGCAGAAGCUUCAUUCAGUCCAGAAAAAAUCAUUUUGUUCAACAAGAAUGCUCAGAUAGUCCUCCAACUCUGCUUCAAGGCGAAGUUUAGACCUACUAGCCAAAACAAUCAAGUGGCCAUUAUGUAUAACAUCACACUUGAUGCAGACAGAUAUUCAUCCAGAGUAACCUCUAGGGGGUUAUUUCAAGAAAAUAAUGAGAGAAACCUCCAGAAGAAUAUGGUGCUAAAUGCAGAAAACAAAUGUACUCAGUACAAGAUUCACGUACAGAAACCCUCCGAUGUUGUGAACUCUUUGGAUCUGCGUGUGGACAUCAGUCUGGAAAACCCUGGCACUAGCCCUGCACUUGAAGCCUAUUCUGACACUGUCACAGUCUUCAGCAUCCCUUUCUACAAAGACUGUGGUGGUGAUGGAAUUUGCAUCUCUGAUCUGGUUCUAGAUGUCCAACAGCUACCAGCUACUCAAGAACAGUCCUUUAUUGUCAGCAACCAAAAUAAAAGGUUAACGUUUUCAGUAACACUGAAAAACAAAGGAGAAAGUGCAUACAAUGCUGCAAUUGUUGCUAAUUUUUCAGAAAACUUGUUUUUUGCAUCAUUCUCCAUGCCGGUUGAUGGAACAGAAGUAACAUGCCAGGUUGAUUCAUCUCAGAAGUCUGUUAGCUGCGAUGUAGGCUAUCCUGCUUUAAACAGUAAACAACAGGUGACUUUCAUGCUUAACUUCGACUUCAAUCUUCAAAACCUUCAGAAUCAGGCAUCUUUCAGUGUCCAAGCUUUUAGUGAAAGUGAGGAGGCGAAUAAAGCAGAUAAUUCAGUCAACCUCAAAAUUCCUCUACUGUAUGAUGCUGAAAUUCAUUUAACCAGAUCCACCAACAUAAAUUUUUAUGAAGUUUCUUUGGAUGAGAAUGUUCCCUCUAUUGUGCACAGUUUUGAAGAUAUUGGUCCAAAAUUCAUCUUCUCUCUUAAGGUAACGACAGGACUUGUUCCAGUAAGCAUGGCAUCUGUAAUCAUCCACAUUCCUCAGUACACUAAAGAAAAGAACCCACUCAUGUACCUGACCGAGGUACACAUGGACCAGGCUGGUGACAUCAGUUGUCAAGCAGAAAUAAAUCCACUGAAACUGGGUCAGACAUCUUCCUCUGUAUCUUUCAAGAGUGAAAACUUCCGGUACCUAAAAGAAUUGGACUGCAGAACUGCUUCCUGCAGUAAUGUCACCUGCUGGUUCAAAGACCUUGACAUAAAAGGAGAAUACUUCAUUAAUGUGUCUACCAGAAUUUGGAAUAGGACUUUUGCUGCAUCCACUUUCCAGACAGUACAGCUGACGGCAACUGCGGAAAUCAAUACCUAUAACCCUCAACUAUAUGUGAUUGAAGAAAACACCGUCACAAUUCCUCUCCUGAUAAUGAAGCCCAACGAGAAAGCUGAAGUACCAGUAGGAGUUAUAGUAGGAAGUAUAGUUGCUGGAAUUCUUUUACUCUUAGCUCUGGUUUCUGUCUUAUGGAAGCUCGGCUUCUUCAAAAGAAAAUAUGAAAAAAUGAUGAAAAAUCCAGAUGAGAUGGAUGAGACCACAGAACUCAACAGCUGAGCCACCUGGCAAACUCUGUCACAGUGGGAACUGUCAGCGUCCCAUCGGGGUCUGCUAUUGUCACAGAUGGAUCUUUUUUUAAGUCUAAGUUUUUAAAUAAUGUAAUGGGUAGAUUAGCCUGAUAUUUUAAGAGAAACUGCUGGCCAGUUUGCAAUGAAGCAAGUGUGAGUGAGGAUUAGGAGUAAAAAGAGCAAAAGACUUAUUUUUUAAAGAAAAAAGUAAUCCUUAAACUGGCUGGUACAGAGUUUACAUUGUAUUGUACUGUGUUGGAAACAUUAAAUGCUUCCAGGUAUGCAAGUCUUAAAGAAAUUUGGGGGAGUGGGGAAUGCUUUCUUUAAAAUGAUUGAUUUAAA